AAAUAUACCCGAUGAUGCAAAUGGAAACGGUUUGAGUAAGCUCAAUCUUGAAUCGUCUGCGUCACUCUCCCGAGGAAAAAUGAGCGUCACUCUUUUGGUUGCAGACACCGUCUGGUCGAACAUCGAAUCUACAGGCUCAGUAACUGAAGAACAGCUCUCAGUCUUGCAUUUGUUGUUUGGUAAGAACCUUGAGAAAGCGACCAGAAUAAUCGACAAGAGAGGCGUCAAGAAAAUCUCUGGCUUACCCAGUGGAAGAUCCAUCUUUCAGGUUGUUGGAGAAUCUCAAAAGAGGGAAGAGUAUCUCUGCUUCCCGGGAGAUUACUGUGGAUGCUAUUCUUUCUUCUAUGAUGUUGUUAGCAGAGGAGAGCAACAAUGUUGUAAGCAUCAAUUGGCUGCGAGGCUGGCUUUUUCUUUGGGUGCAUACAGCGAGAUUGAGGUAUCAGAUGAGCAUCUUGCCGUGAUGCUUUCAAAGAUCUGAAUCUUUCUAUGCAAUGUGCAAAGUUAUGUCUGAAGAAUACAUAACUCUCCCUGCUAGCUACCUCAUGUAACAAAAAAAUCAAUGCCACAAGAAAUUUAAGAGCUUAAUCCAAACAACUAUGGAAUAACUUUUUUAUUUCAAUUUACUGUCUUUAUUUUGAGAAAGAAAAAUGAUUUUUCUUAAAAUUCAGUGUGUAAGGUUUAAAGUGGUAUAUUCCUUAA